UAAAAAUGAAACAAAAGUUAGAAAAAACGUAGGGAUAAGGUAGAAGUUUCGAUUCCUUAUAGAAAAAUUCAUUCUUCAUGCAAGCUCUCAAACUGCUUCUGUCGUUUAUGGAGGAGGAUCUGAAAGCUAGAUCGAACGAGGAGGAUACGAAGAUAACGAGGAACAUCGCGACGACUUCAAGGAAGAUAUCGAUCAGGAGUACAGUCAUGUGUCUCAGUGUCGUUGUUGUCUACGUUAUAUUUCGUUACCUCACGUCUCUUUAUAUCGGUCGAAUUCUUUUAUUUCGUGCGUAUUUUCCUUACGAUACACGUAUCAGUCCUAAUUACGAGCUAACCGUUGUAGCUCAGUUGAUAGCAACCUUCUACGCCGCCACAUCCUACACAGCCGUGGACACCUUCGUUGUCAUGCUCGUUCUUCACACUUGUGGACAACUUUCAAACCUAAAACGAGAUUUGAUGAAUUUGCGACCGAGAACAAGCGACGAGUUUAAAACCAAGCUAAUCUAUAUCGUCGAGAAACACGAUUAUCUUAACAGAUUCGCCGACACGAUCGAAGAUCGAUUCAACGUAAUGCUACUGAUCCAGAUGCUCGGCUGUACCGUACAAUUGUGUUUUCAAUGUUUCCAGGCGCUCUUGUCAAUAAUCGGAGAAUCGAAUGAACUCUUUCUCUUGGAAAUAUCCUUUCUAAUACUUUACGUGUUUUACGUACUAAUUCAGCUUUAUCUUUAUUGCUACGUCGGCGAGAGACUUCUUUCAGAGAGCACGAGUAUUCUACAAGCCGUUUACGACUGUGAGUGGUACAAUUUAACAACGAAGGAGGCUAAAUCGCUUCUAAUGAUUAUGCAUCGUGCACGAUCGCCGUUGUGUCUCACGGCUGGUAAAUUCUGUACCUUCACGCAAGAAUUAUACAGUAGCAUUUUGAAGACAUCGAUGGGUUACUUGUCGGUUCUUUAUGCAAUGAAAAUGAAGAAUCAAACGAAGGAGCCGAAGAGAUCAGUUCUCGAUAGAUCGUUGGCUCAGGAGAACCUAACAUGGAUGUUAUUAAUCGAGAAUCUUCUCGCUUUAAUGGCGAACGAUCGAAAGGAAGCUGACACGGAAGAAGAGAUCAAGAAGAUGAUGAAGAUUGCUAGCAUAUCCAGGACGAUAUCGAUUGGAAGUACAGUGAUAACCAACGCCGUAGUCGUACUCUGGGCCAUGUCCCGAUUCUUAUUGAUGCGUCAAUCCGGUCGUCGUGCUCUCUUUUUGCUAUCUUCCUUCCCCUACGAAUCACUGACCACGCCAAAUUUCGAGUUGACGUCCGUCGGACAAAUCGUGUCAGCAUUUUGCACGGCUACAACCUACACGGUCGUGGACACGUUCGUCGCCAUGUUGAUCCUACACGUGUGCGGCCAAUUUUCCUAUCUUAGACAAAAAAUUAGCGAGCUCGGUAUCAACGACGACGUUGACUUUCGAAAGAAGCUUGCAAAGAUCGUGAAGAAACAUGACACCCUUAACAAAUUUGCUGACACGAUAGAGAACAAAUUCAACGGAAUGUUGUUGAUGCAGAUGCUCGGUUGUACCAUAGAACUUUGCGUUCUGUGCUUCCAAGCACUUUUGUCAAUUACCGAGGGAAGUCAGGAAUUGUUCGUGUUUCAAAUGUGCUUUCUGACUCUUUACAUAUCUUAUAUUCUGUUACAAAUAUUCCUAUAUUGUUACAUCGGAGAAAAACUAGCUUCAGAGAGCUCGAAACUGGCCAAUGCAGCAUACGAGUGUAAAUGGUACAACAUGUCUGCCAAGGAAGCUAAGUGCCUCGUUUUAAUAAUACGACGAGCAAGAUCGCCACUGUGCAUCACCGCUGGUCGAUUUUGUUCAUUCAAUCUUCAACUUUUUACCAAAAUUCUGAAAACGUCCAUGGGUUAUUUGUCCGUUCUGUAUACAAUGAAAUCCAAAAACGUUGAAUAGAUCCAACGAGUCAUCCCAAUUAAUUAAAUAACAUUCAACAUCAUUGAAUUAAAAUAAAAGAUUCAAUAAUAUUCGAACUAUAUAGAUUAGAAAGAUUUGUAAUUGUCAAUUAAUCAGAUUAUAACAUCUCAAUCUAUAGCCGAUGAUUUACAUUCUUAAGAGAUUAUUAUA